UCCGUCAAUUGGUUUAGUUUCGUUUCGUUUCGUUUUCUUUACUGCCGGAUUGGUUAUCGCCUGCCGUAGUUCUAGGACAGAGCGAUGCAAUUUGCCGUGUCUAAUAACGUAAUGUGACGUGAACUGAAGUGUGUUCGACACGACUGUUAGUCUCCGAGCUUUCUCCGUUUCACUCUCGUUAACGGUGAUCGGUUCCUGAUGUUCACAAUCGAACAUUAGGUCUUUACAUUACAAUACGAUCCGCCCGUUUCUCUGUACAAACAUUUCCAAACCAGAAAAUGGGAAAUCUAUUCCGGUUCGUUCUGAACACGCGAUCAACGAGUUUACUGAUAUGCGCAGGCAUUCUCGUUACGUUCUGCUGUGUACCGAGCUGCUCCGAGAACGAUCCGUUAAGCAAACAACAAUGUCAUUGCGGUCAAGAAGCGAGCCGACAAAACCGACAAACGAGACAAUCGAAAGAAACGCAAGGUUAUUGCAAAGCGACGAACGAUGCUUCUCAUUUAUACCGAAAUCAACAUUUCGAUCGUCCGAGAAACAUGGCAAAAAUAGAUGCAGUUACUUUUUCGGUUGGAACAGAUGAUCCAGUGUUUGUCGCUGAUGGCGAAGGGCCGAAACGACAAGUAUAUCUUAAUAGUUUUUACAUUGAUGAAUUAGAAGUAAGUAACCGCGAGUUUGCAGCGUUCGUAGACGCGACAGGAUACCGAACGGAGGCAGAAUUGUUCGGUGAUUCGUUCGUGUUUGGUGGUCUGUUGAAGAACCACGCAGAAGCAAAAGCGCCGGUAGUCGUCGCUCGAGCUCCUUGGUGGUUGCAAAUUAGGAAUGCGAGUUGGAUGCAUCCGGAAGGUCUUGGUUCCAGCUUAUCGGACAGGAUGGAUCAUCCUGUCGUUCAUGUGUCGUGGAACGAUGCUGUUGCGUACUGCAAAUGGUUAGGGAAACGAUUACCGACCGAAGCGGAAUGGGAAGUGGCAUGCCGAGGUGGCCUCUCUGAUAGGUUAUAUCCAUGGGGCAAUAACUUUCUUCCGAAUGGUCGACACAGAGCGAACACGUGGCAGGGUGAUUUUCCGAACAAUAAUACGAGCGAGGAUGGCUACGAGAGUACCUCGCCUGUCACAGAAUUCCCGCGAAAUAAGUACGGGUUACGUAACAUGGUGGGAAAUGUUUGGGAAUGGACAUUCGAUUGGUGGACGAUCGAUGUCGCGAAUCGUGGUGGAUUCAGAAAUCCUAGUGGACCAACGGAAGGCACGGACAAAGUAAAGAAAGGUGGAUCCUACCUUUGCCAUAAAAGCUAUUGUUUUAGAUACAGGUGUGCUGCUAGAAGUCAAAAUACACCUGACACAUCGGCUGGAAAUCUAGGUUUCAGAUGCGCCCUGUCCGCCUGAUUUCCUAAGAAAAGUACCCUUAAAAGUAUCCGAUUUUUUCAAUAAAUUUCACUUUUCUAUAUCUUACAUUGUACUUUUUGUUUCUUUGAUCGCAUUAUCCAAUUUAUGAAAAUUAAUCGGUAUCGAUACACACAUCGAACGAUCCUCGC